AUGUCUGCUGAUCAGAAAGUUAAAAGACUGCUGAGAAACAAAUUUAUGAAGAGAUGGGAAUGUGUUGUUGGAUCAGGUUCUAAACAACCACAUGACUGCGACCAGCAACAUUUAUUUGAAACCGGACAUCUGAAAGCAACUGACUUGACUAAUAAGGAGGCGACGAGAAGCAGGCAGCCAAUGCAAACUCCUACCAUGAAUCCGAUGCCCACUGCCACUGACAAGCCUGAUUCGUUAUCAAUUUUUAUAUUUUCAUUCAUAUUUGAUCAUGCCACCAUCAGUUCAUCUGCCAGCCUCUCCAGCCACAUCUUUCCAUGCGACUCGGGCGUGACGCAACCUGAAACUGUCAAGUCAUGA